AUGUGGCAUUAUUUGUUCACAGCAGUCAAAUUUUCCACUGACCACCAGGUCUACAUUAACCUGGUGCAUAUCUACCUAGGGCACCCUGGGUGGCAACAAACUAUAGAGUUGAUCUCCAGAAAUGACAUGUGGCCUGGCAUGGUCAAACACAUAUAA